AUGGCCGUGAGGUCACCUCCUUCUUCAAUGGAGUAUCUCGACUGGUCUGAAGUGGAGGUCACAUUCUCUAGAGAAGAUCACCCACCCUGCAUCCCGCAACCUGGGAACACAGCACUGGUGGUCGACACACAGAUCAGGGGUUUCAUGUUGAACAAAGUAUUCAUCGAUAGUGGAAGUGGGCUAAAUAUUAUCUACGCCGACACCCUACGGAAGAUGAAUCGUUCAACAACAAAGCUAGCCCCCACGAAGACAACCUUCCACGGGAUCAUCCCAGGAAAAGCAGCCACUCCACUAAGCAAAGUUAACCUAGACGUGGUGUUCCGCACGCCCGAUAACUUCAGACGCGAAAGAAUCGACUUCGAAGUGGUCAACUGGCCCUCCCAGUACCACAUGGUCUUGAGUCGUGUCGCGCUAGCACGCUUCAUGGCAGUCCCGCAUUACGCUUACCUUAAGCUUAAAAUGCCUGGACCCAACGGCGUGAUAACUAUCUCUGGAAGUUUCCUGCGGUCUGACCACUGCGACCAUGAAUUCCAUAAAAUUUCUGAGUCACUCGCCGCGCAAAACCAGGCUAGCCAGGCCUACCUCUUAACGGACGACGACCAAAAUUCUGUCCUUAAGAAAAGAGCCAUUGAGGCCACAAGCGGCACAGACUCGAAGGCAGAGGAAGCGCAGGCCCCUUCAUCAAAGGAGUCCAACGCUGACUCGGCCAGCAGCCCUACCAAGUAA